CCAGCCAGUCAGCCAGCGACAGGCAGCUCGCACCACACAGCAGCGUGUUUAUCAGAAACCAGUCGCUAUUCUGCGAUACUGGCUCAACAGAUAAAAGCACAUCUAAGCGUUUCUUUUAGCUAAGAUGUGACUCCGCCAGCACUGCGUCGACUGUGUCACAAACGGAAGAGAUGCGCCCCGGUAGCUAGCUAGGAUACCGCGAGGACAAACAGGGCUGCUGUGAGGCUGAGGCUGUGACUGCAGUCUUCAAUGACAGUGUCUGUGUUACCGUCGAUGAACCAGCUCUGUGAACCUCCCGCUGCUAAAUCACCCACCGGUCCUGGUUACUAUACAAGCAGAGGAGGGUUACUGAGCAAACUGUCAACAUGAAGUUCACGGAGCAUCUCUCGGCUCACAUCACCCCGGAGUGGAGGAAGCAGUACAUUCAGUAUGAGGCUUUCAAAGAGAUGCUGUAUGCUGCUCAGGACCAGGCCCCAUCUAUUGAAGUCACAGAUGAGGAUACAGUUAAGAGGUACUAUGCCAAGUUUGAGGAGAAGUUCUUCCAGACAUGUGAAAAAGAGUUGGCCAAGAUCAACACCUUCUACUCCGAAAAGCUGGCUGAGGCCCAGCGGCGGUUUGCCACGCUGCAGAACGAACUGCAGUCCUCGCUGGACGCCCAGAGGGAGAGCUGGGCCAACGGGCAGGGGCUGAGGAAGAGGAAGACUGUGUUCGCCCUGUCGCAGCAGGAGCGUUGCAAACACAGAAACAUAAAGGACCUGCAGCUGGCCUUCUCUGAGUUUUACCUCAGCCUCAUUCUGCUGCAGAACUAUCAGAACCUGAACUUCACAGGUUUCAGGAAGAUCCUGAAGAAGCAUGAUAAGAUUUUGGAGACUUCCAGAGGGGCUGACUGGAGGGUGGCUCAUGUUGAAGUUGCUCCAUUUUACACAUGCAAGAAAAUCACACAGCUCAUCUCCGAGACCGAGGCAUUGGUCACAACAGAGUUGGAAGGCGGUGACCGGCAGAGGGCCAUGAAGAGGUUAAGGGUCCCCCCCCUGGGAGCUGCACAGCCGGCUCCUGCCUGGACCACCUUCAGAGUUGGGCUGUACUGUGGAGUGUUCCUUGUCCUAAUGGUCACUGUGGUCAUCACAGGGGCUGUGGUGAUCCGCAGUAAUGAUGUUUGGCCUAUGGUCAGGAUCUACAGAGGAGGCUUUCUGUUGAUAGAAUUCCUCUUCCUGUUAGGCAUCAACACCUACGGCUGGAGGCAGGCAGGAGUGAACCAUGUGCUCAUAUUUGAACUCAACCCCCGAAACAACCUGUCACACCAACAUCUGUUUGAGAUUGCAGGUCUGCUGGGGGUGCUGUGGUGUGUCAGCCUUCUGUCCUGCCUCUUCAGUGAUAGCAUCCUGGUACCAAUGCAGGCUAACCCUCUCGCUCUCUACGGCCUCUUCUUCCUCUUCCUCAUCAACCCCUUCAAGACCUGCUACUACAAGUCCCGCUUCUGGCUCCUAAAACUCUUGUUUCGAGUGGUGACGGCUCCGUUCCAUCGCGUUGGCUUUGCAGACUUCUGGCUGGCAGACCAGCUGAACUCUCUGGGAGUCGUUCUGAUGGACCUGGAGUAUAUGAUCUGUUUCUACAGCUUUGAACUAGACUGGAAAAAACAUGAUGGGCUCAUCAGCAGUGAGGCUAGAGAUGUGUGUAACUCCUACUCAUACGGGGUGAGAGCAGUGAUCCAGUGCCUUCCUGCUUGGUUCCGGUUUGUGCAGUGUCUGCGCCGUUACCGUGACACCAAACGGGCCUUCCCUCACCUGGUGAACGCUGGGAAAUACUCCACUUCCUUCUUUGUUGUCACCUUUGCUGCCCUAUACAGUACACAUAAAGCUGAAGCCCACGCUGACGCACAGAUCUUCCUCUACCUGUAUAUCGGCUGUUUGGUGGUCAGCUCUUGUUAUACACUGAUCUGGGAUCUGAAGAUGGACUGGGGCCUGUUUGACCGGAACGCCGGAGAGAAUACCUUCCUGAGAGAGGAGAUAGUGUACCCACAUAAGGCCUAUUACUACAGCGCCAUAGUGGAGGACGUGCUCCUGCGCUUCUCUUGGACUCUGACCGUGUCCCUCAGCACGGUCUCUGGGCUGAACGGCAUCUCCGACAUACUGGCCACCCUCCUGGCCCCAAUGGAGGUCUUUAGGCGCUUUGUGUGGAACUUCUUCCGACUGGAGAACGAACACCUGAAUAACUGUGGUGAGUUCAGGGCCGUAAGAGACAUCAGUGUGGCUCCGCUCAACGCAGACGACCAGACGCUGCUGGAGCAGAUGAUGGACCAGGAGGACGGUGUCCGGAACCGGCAGGGCAAGAAGAACUGGAAGAGGAGCUACAGCAUGAGUCUGCGCAGGCCGCGGCUGGCCUCACAAUCCAAGACCCGGGACACCAAGGUUCUGAUCGAGGACACUGACGAUGACUCCUGACAUCAGGCCACGCCCCUCGCCUGGGUCCAGAAUUUAUUCAAAGGAGGAAACUCCACCUCCUAACCGAGGAAUGACCCAGCGAGUCGGGCGUAGACCUUCCACCAAGAGGGGUUCUAAACCUACUAGAGCCUCCUCACGGUUCACUGUUUGAAGAAUUUCAGCGGAGCAAACCGCACCACGGCCAUCAACCUACUCCUCCCACCUUCAAUAAUAACAAGGGGGGGCUCCUCACUGAGACUACCUUACCCCAGCAGUGGGUGAAGAACCUCUCUUCCUGUCAUUCACACCCCCCAGAGGUAGACAUAUAACUACACCCACUGCUCAGCCUUGUGCUGUGAGUCUGAACGGAGGAUGACCCGUCCGCUGACAGGGAGCCCCCACUUCCUGCCCCUGCAGAGCAGCCCCCCCCAGGGACCACAUGCUUCAGUGAUUAGGCUCCACCUGCACCUCAUGAGAGCAGAGUGGGCUUGUAAAUUGUCCUCUUUUUUCCUGUAAAAGAAAAUAGUAAAAAUUACCCCCCCAUUUCAGCGACAUUUAGCCCCCCAGCCUACAGACUGCUCUGGAACAUUUGUGAGUCUCCCUCACUCUUAAGCUUCCCUUCAAAUCAUCACAGAGCUGCCUACCUGCACCUUACAUGCUUUAGAAACACACACACACACACACACACACAUUUAGAAAGACGCACUUUGUAGAAGUGAUUUGGACUUGGUCCACUCAGACUUUGAUUUAAUGUGUUUUAUUGUUCAUGGAUGUGCAAAACUUGACCAUUGAUCUUUGUGAGACCCAUGGAUGAAGAAACACACCCAUAGCGGUGCAAAUAUUUAUAACCCAAGGUUUUAAAUAUGAGACAGACCAAGUUCGGGGGCAGUGUGAAAAGACUUAGAGAAUAACAGUGCUGUUCAGACUGCAUGGAGCAGCCGUGAGCUGGGAGGAGGUCUUUUGUUUCCGGAAGAGAGAUGAACACCUGCGCUAACUCCAUGUCCCCCCAUGUGGAAAAAGUAUCAUACAUCUUUAAAAAACUGCUUUUACUGAAUGUAUGCCAACCUAUUUAUGUAUGUAAGAGUGGGAGAGGGCCCACUAGCCCCCUGAGAUGUCAGAUGAGUUCCAAGGAAAUGUGAUGUUGUGCCCUGCCAUGUCGAUGCAGACUGAAACAGUUAAAGGGUUUGUUGAAAUGUGCUGCCGGAGAGGGGGGCAGCGCAACUGUCUGUCACAUGCUGGUUCAAUCGGCCUGUCCCCUGUCUGAGGGAGUGAAUGUGUUUACAUGAGAUGCAUGUCCCUCAGGUCCCUUUAACACUCGCUUUGCUCCUAACACACAAUGUUGGUAUAAAUAAAUACCUUUGUUGUCAUUUUAAUGUAUGUUCAGUGUAAAUGUGCUAUUUAAGAGUAAAUUUUCCACUAGUGGCUCCGGCCUUUAGUUCCUCUCAACAUCAGGUUUGUGUCAGGGACAGUAUUUUAUUCCAAAAGGCCCCCCCCGCCUCAUAAUGCAGACUGAGACUUAGGUUUCCAUAGAAGCAGUCACUCUGCGUCUCCCUGUCCUUUAUCUAACAUCAAUCCAGUCCUGACUACUGUUACUGUCCCACGGUAUGACCCCCCCCCACCAAGCAUUAGUCACCAUUAGUUCUGUGGAAAUGUAUAUUAUGCUUGAUUAACCGUUGUGACCCCCCGCCUACAGCUCGUGUAUGAUAAGGACAGGUAGAUGGAGUCACUGGAGCAGACGUCUGAUGCAGAGGCCCUGCUGGGCUCUCAGACUAACAGAGGCAGGGGAGGAGCUGCAGCUUUUUAUUUCCUUCUUCUCUUUGUUGAAAUGAAUCGGCCGUUUAACACAAAUCAUGGUGUUUCACUCGGUGUCUGGAGUCAGCGGGGGUGAAUGGGAGUGGCUGAGCUGAACUCAUCAGAGGACUAACGUCUCACUGUCAUAAUGUGCAGUUUAAUGCUCUGUAACCGUCAUAACAUCUGACUUCUGCUUUUAUUCUUCAUCUGGUUUCAGUGCUUUCAUCAGUGAGUGCGCUGGAGCCUGUCAUCAGCCAAUGGAAUAGUUGAGAGGUUGAUAAGCCAAUCAUUUACAGAAAUGAAUGAUUGAACUGUCACUAUUGUGAAGGUCUUUUUUAUCUAUUCAGUUCAUUUGAGGACUGAGCGCUGAUCUCCCACUGCAACAUUCCCUUAUCUGCUCCACUGUUCCUAUUGGGACAUGCUAUAUGGUAUGUCAUUAGUUAUAUUAAAUACAUGUUUUGUAGAAUUGUAAAAACCAGCAGUAUUUGAUAGGUGAGGAUGUUGAGGGGAAAGGACCAAUAGAAACAGAUGUUUGAGAGGCAGCUGCUGGAGCUGACUCCUGAUCACAGGAGCAUGAUCAUAUUUCCUAACAAACACACUGGUGUGCAAAGUAGAUCAUUUAAGUCAAAUAGUUGUAAUAUUAACCCCACGAUCUCUGCCGCUGCUACAGGCCACUGAUAUGAAAACAGCAUUUAUUAGGGUCUCUUUCUUCGUAACGCACACAUCUUUGUAUGCUGACCAAAAGUCAGCAGAGUGUAAGUUGAACAGCAGAGGAAAAGGAGCCAUACCAGCCUCAGCUCAACUCAGCUCAGCUCAGCACACACACACAGAGCAAGUAACAGGAUGGCCUUCUUGCCUGUGCAUGUAUCUUUUAAUCAGAACAGUUCCCUGCAGCAGACAAUCCUUCCAUGCAUCAGCUGAUACUAAACGCUUUGCUUUCAUUCAGGUGUUUUAUUUUGUAAUUCCUCAGGUCUUAUAUUGUGACGUUACUUAAAUGAAAUUUACUACAAUGCCAUUCCAUUGUUAGAACAGCAUGUUCCAGAGUGACAUUAGCAGCCCUUAAUUUAAACCUCACCCUUUGAAUGUAUUUGUUCCUCUCCAUGAAUACACCAAAGGAACCUCCAGAAAGGGUUUUAACGUUGCGUUGUUAUUCUGCUGAACAGGGCGAUCCUCUGAUCAGAGGCUGUUUCUGACUCUUUUCGUUUGUGGACUUUGGACAGGCUGAGCGUGUCCUGAAGGCCUUAUUCGUGUCUUUCUGCUUUUCUUUGUCUACAUUCCAGAUGGUGUCUCACUGUCCCAUUACCCAUGAACACCACACUGCAUUUAUGUUGGGAUGUUUGACAAUGUGACAGACUGGUGAAUCCCCUCUUUCUGAAAGGAUGGUAAUAAAGUGUGCUAAAUGAUACCCAGCCCCGGCUGAGCAUGCUGGGAAAUUAA